AUGGAUCCGGAAAAAAAUGUCAGGAAAUUGCGUAAACUUUUUGGAGUUUCCCAUACGAUACAAAAGCAGACCACAAGGCGUUUAAGUGUGACAGAUCAAGAAAGGGAAGAGAUAGAGCGAAAGCGAGGCCAACAAUUAAAAGAAUUGAGACAGCAGAGAAUAUCUAGAUUGGGUGCGAAUCAUCGCUAUGUUUUAGAAAUUGUGGCUGAUUUGAUGGGUACGGACACGGAGGAAAUAGUAACCGGGGUUGCUGAUGAGCAGUCCUUUGUUGAUUUACUGUCUGGCAUGUUUGAGAAACAAGGUCCUCGUGCGUGUAUGAUUAGUUAUGCUACUAUGGAAGGUUAUCCGGCUGAUUCAGGAAGAUAUGUUGAGAGUAUGAAACGGCAGUUGGUUAAGCGCACUGUAGUUCAUCGUAGUGAUACCGUAGAAUUGUUUGGUAAAUGGGUCAUCGUCUACCGUAAUAACAACAAAAAGGCUCUCGAAAAUCGUACAGUGUCCGAUGAUUUGGCAUUGUUUUGCUGGAAUGCUGAUAAAAAAGAUCUUUGCUUAUAUGUUAUAAAAAGUUUUAUGGAUCGGGUACUUACAAAGUCCUUAGAAGCCGUAACUGAGUUUGGCGUAGCUGAAAUGGAUCAGAAACGUAAAUUCUUCCACACUCUCGACAUGUUUAAUAUAUUUUUAAGGUCGUCAGAAGCCACUGUUUCUUCUCGAGUCAAUUUUGACGUAUCUCAUGAACUAUAUAAGGGAUUUCUUUUAGUUAAAUAUCAAAUUGAAUCAAGUUCAAAAGAUAUGAAUCGCGUACGAUCAGUGGAGCGCUAUUUCGGUCAAUGGAUGCGCCAGAUACAGGGCAUAUUAGUAGAGGGUAAACAAAUCUUGAAAGACGGGCCCGAUGUUGGACCUCUUCAAAUGUUAGUUAAUUGGCGUAGAAUGUUGGCGCGUUACACUUCCAUAAAAGAAUUUGUUUCCUCCAAGCCUUUCAACAAUCACAAAAUUUGUCUCACCUUAUCCCGAUCAUCAAAACUCUUAAAAAAAUGGGCUGAAAUUGAUAACCAAGUAACGUUAGUUCUAAACGAGGCCAAAGAUAAUGUUAGAUACAUAACGUCACUACAAAAAUUUUGGGAUCCAUUAUACAGGUCUUCACCGGACGGUAUCAUAAGUAGUUUGCCUGGGUUGAUGGUGGCUAUACGUAAUGUAUCAAAAACCGCUCAUUAUUUUAAUACACCCAGCAAUGUAACCGGUCUCUUUGUCAAAAUAUCGAAUCAGUUAACGAUUACAAGUAAAAAUUACCUUACUGAUAACGGACAUGUUAUGCAAAGUUAUAAAGAGCAAUAUUACGAAACUUGCAAGGAGAUGUCCGAUGCCGCCGAGAAACCUUGGAUCGUGUCUUCCGUAUACAUAUUUACUUGUUUGGAGAAGUUCCUGGAUCGUCUGGACAAGAUAAAAGUAAUUUUUAAUACGGAAAUAACAUAUUCGGUUCUGGAUCGUAUACGCAUUAGCGGUAUGGAAAAGUUCAGUGCUAUGAUUAAGGGAGCACGGGCCACAAUUAGUUCUAAACCUUAUGAUCCAUUAAAUUACCGUAUCGAAACAUUUGACAUGGACUUUCAGAAAUUUAUUAAAGAGGUCGAGAGGGCAGAAGUGGGAAUGCAACAAUUUGUGAAACAGCAAAUUGCUGAUGUACCCAUAGCCGAAUCGGUUAUCUUGAUAUUAAAGCGUUUUGAGCGUUUGAACUUGGAAUGCCUAUGUUUAGAUCGACGUUAUUUGGAAGUUGCGGAAAUGUUGGAACAGGAAAUGUUUUUGUUGAAAGAUGUUUACAACGAGGAACGUGGCAAUCCAUUUAUCGCUCGUAACAUGCCGCCCGUGGCAGGCCGGAUUAUGUGGAUUCGUUCGAUUUUUAAGAAAAUCGAUGAGCCUAUGAAAGUUUUGAAAGUGCGUCAGUGUGUUUUGGCUCACAAGAAAGCUCAGAGAACAGUUCGUUAUUACAAUUAUAUGAAUGGGAUUAUAUGCCACUAUGAAAUGACCUACCAUAAGGCUUGGUUCGAUUAUGCUGAGGAGGUCCGUUGUCUAUUGAACUCGCCUAUUUUGGUAUGCAACAAGGAAUCUGCAGAAUACACCAUUAAUUUGGAUCCAGCUAUUAAGCAAUUGAUUAAAGAAACGGAAUGGAUGUGGAAACUAAAAUUAGAAGUUCCAAAUGUUGCCGCUGUGGUUACUUAUUGUAAAUUGCGCAUACUACGCCCAGCUGAGAAAUUAAGGAUUGCCCUAAAAACAUUCGAUAGGCUGCGUUCAAGCAUUACGCCCGUGUACAUAAACAUAAUGCGUUUUCGUCUGCAAGAAAUUUCUGUUCUACUUAAGCCUGCCUUAUCCACAGUCACAUGGUUGUCAGAAAAUUUAGAAGAUUUUGUUGUAGAUGCAGAAAAACAAAUUGACGCAAUUGAUCUUUUUUAUAGGAUGGUCUUAAAUAUCGACGAAAUACGUAUAAAUCAAGAAAUGCAUUCACUACAAAAUUAUUUAUACGUUUACAAGCCUAGUGCGCCCGUUACUUCAGAAAAAUUUUAUGAAUCGUGUAACGACUUGCUUCAAGAUAUUCAAAAAGAAUUGGAGAAGAAAUCUGUGUGUAUGGAAAGGGCAGUAAUUGAUCUAUGCAAUAUGUUUGUGGAGUUGUUAAAUUUUGGUCCCGUUGACUCUAAAGGUCGUCGUGUGUUUCAAUUGCCUCCUGAAAAAAUUACCGACGCUAAUUGGCGUGUUGAAGGCAAUAUGCCGAUUGAUAAAUGGGACUGGAUUCAAUUUCAAAAAAUAUAUCGAACUAUUUAUUUGGUACCGGAUGACGUCCUCAAGACUUUGCAAUUUAAAAACUACGAAAAUAUACGAUAUGAAUUGCAUCAUUUACGUAACGAUUGCAUGGAUUUAUUCUCAUAUUACAAUUCGAAAAUGAUUUCUUCAUUGGUUGGAUGUUCGAAAAGAUCUCUAGAUUUCGUUCGCUAUAGUAUUCUAAGAACAAAUUGGCGAACCGAUCCGCAACCGCCAAUUUUAUAUAGUGCAAUGGAUGUUGACUUGGAAAAUGGUUGCAGUAUAGAUCCAAAUUUGGAAAAUAUGCAAGCGAAUUUUCAUCGAGCAAUUCUGUGCUGCACAGAGAUUAACUAUUUCGUGACAACGUGGGGUAAACAAGCAAAAACGUUCGCUAGGAAGUCGCGUCGUGUAACAAUUGAUGAAAAUCGUUACGAACGUAACUACUAUCGUUACGUCAUCGAGCAUAAAGAUAUUAUACGAGCGGUUCAAAACUUGGCAACCGGUUUGAUGAUGUAUAAGCCAGACAUUGACGACUUUUUGAAGGAACAAUUCGAAAAAUAUAAAUACCUAUGGAGUGCUGAACGUGAAAACAUGAUCCAAGCAUUCGUUAACACAAGUCCAUUGACAGUUGAUAUAAGAGAUAAAUUUAUCUACUAUGAUAAUAUCACAACCGAUUUGGAAACGAAGCAUGCAAGGCAUAUAAUCGGACCGAUUGAAAUACGCAUGGAAAAGGCAUUUAUGAAAUUUGUCGAAGAAUCGAAAAAAUGGAAGACUGCUUUAGGUCAGUUAUUAAGCGCUCAGUACAAGAAACAAUUAGAUGAAAUGGUGGACUUCAUUUCGGAACAGGAAAACAUAUUGGGUAAACCUAUAAACGAUUUAGACGAUGUACGAUUAGCGAUGAUGUGCUUGGAGAAAGUACGGGAUAACUUUAUAGAAAUGGAUAUGGAGUUAACUCUUAUUACUGAUACAUAUGCUUUGUUCGCUCAAUAUAAUAUUUACAUUCCGCAAGAUGACUACGAUAAGGUGGACAGUCUACAGUUGUCCUUCAAUAAAAUGUUAGAUAAUGCCAAGAAAGUUUCGCAAAAGAUUUCGGAAAUGGAAGGUCCCUUAUUACAGGAACUGAACGACGGUAUCGCUACUUUCGUUAUGGAAUUGGAUAAAUUUAAUGAAGACUUCGUGGCUAACGGUCCUAUGGUAGAAGGUAUUUCUGCCAAGGAAGCUAGUGAUCGCGUGUUCAUAUUUCAAAAUCGUUUCGAUGAAUUGUGGCGUAAAUACGAAAUGUACAGCAGCGGCGAAAAGUUAUUCGGCUUACCAAUAACUGAGUAUCCAAUCCUGCAGCAACGCAAACGAGAAUUCGGUUAUCUGAAUCGCCUGUAUUCAUUGUACAUUCAAGUAUUGAAGACUAUUUCGGAUUAUUAUGAAAUGCCUUGGGCCGAGGUGGACAUUGAACGCAUUAGUACAGAAUUGGCCGACUUUCAAGUUAGAUGCCGCAAAUUGCCCAAGGGCAUGCAAUCGUGGCCGGCUUUCAUCGAUUUGAAAACUAAAAUUGACGAUUUUAAUGAGACUUGUCCCUUACUUGAAUUAAUGACCAAUAAGGCCAUGAAAGAACGUCAUUGGGUCCGUUUAAAUGCUCUCUUAAAAUCAGAUUUUGAUCCUACAAGCGCUAAAUUUACCUUGGGAAAACUUUUGGAGGCGCCUAUAUUAAAACACAAAGAAGAUGUCGAAGACAUUUGCGUAGGUGCCAGUAAAGAAUUAGAUAUCGAAGCCAAGCUUAAGCAAGUCAUGACUGACUGGUCAGUAGUUAAUAUACAAUUGGGAAUGUUCAAAAAUCGGGGAGAGCUUGUGUUGAAAGGUGGCGAAACAUUGGAAAUAAUAGCUUCUUUGGAGGAUAGCAUAAUGGUCAUGAAUUCCCUAUCAUCGAAUCGUUAUAACGCUCCCUUUAAAAAGGAAAUCCAAUUGUGGUUGGGCAAGUUAGUAGGAACUGGAGAAAUUUUAGAGAAAUGGUUAAUGGUGCAGAAUCUGUGGAUUUACUUGGAAGCGGUGUUCGUGGGUGGUGAUAUAUCUAAACAAUUACCAUUGGAAGCUAAACGAUUUUCUAAUAUUGAUAAGAAUUACGUUAAGAUAAUGUAUCGAGCACGUGAGAUACCGAAUGCGGUUGAAUGCUGCACUGGAGAUGAAACGUUGGCUACGUCAUUGACAUGGCUUCUGGAUCAAUUAGAGACUUGUCAAAAGUCUUUGACUGGAUAUUUGGAAUCAAAGCGUUUAUUGUUUCCCCGAUUUUUCUUUGUCUCGGAUCCAGUACUUUUGGAAAUUUUGGGUCAAGCUUCCGAUCCUACAUCUAUUCAACCUCAUUUACUAAGCAUUUUUGAUGCAGUAGCGACCGUCGACUUUCAGGAAAAAACUAAUGAUGUGAUCACUAUUAUGAAUUCUGCAAAUAACGAGAAGGUGCCGUUAGAAAAUCCCGUACAAUGUUCGGGCAGUGUGGAACUUUGGUUGAAUCGUUUGCUCAAAGAAAUGCAAGAUACGAUACGGACAGUAUUGGCUGGAAUGGCUAUUAGCUUAAACGAUCCGGAAUUUAAUUUUGCAGAAGAAUUUCCUUCAUUUUGUGGCCAAGCUGGUGUAAUAGGAGUUCAACUUUUGUGGACAAGAGAUGCGGAAUACGCUUUAAGAAAGUGUCGCACCGAUAAAACUAUAAUGAAGCGAACUAACGCUAAAUUCUUGGCUUUGCUCAACCAUUUCAUUGAUUUGACAGUGAAAGAUUUAACUAAAUUAGACCGAAUUCGAUUUGAGACAAUGGUUACAAUUCAUGUACAUCAGAGAGAUAUUUUCGAUGAUUUAUGUCAACUACGUAUUCGCUCGGCUGGAGACUUCGAAUGGCAAAAGCAAGCUCGUUUUUAUUACAAUGAGGACAAUGACGACAUAAUAGUAGGUAUAACAGAUGUAAACUUUAUAUACCAAAAUGAAUAUCUGGGCGUGACGGAACGUUUGGCUAUCACCCCUUUGACCGACAGAUGUUACAUCACUUUAGCCCAAGCUAUUGGUAUGAGUAUGGGAGGGGCUCCCGCUGGACCCGCUGGUACUGGAAAAACUGAGACUACGAAAGAUAUGGGUCGAGCUUUGGGUAAAUUGGUGGUAGUAUUUAAUUGUUCAGAUCAAAUGGAUUUCAGAGGUUUGGGCCGAAUUUACAAAGGAUUGGCACAGUCGGGCUCAUGGGGCUGCUUUGAUGAAUUUAAUCGUAUUGAAUUGCCAGUGUUGUCCGUAGCAGCUCAACAAAUUUACAUCGUGUUAACGGCUCGCAAAGAAAAACGCACUACUUUUAUAUUCAGUGAUGGUGACAUCGUUUCAUUAAAUCCCGAAUUCGGGCUAUUUAUUACCAUGAAUCCUGGUUACGCUGGAAGACAGGAAUUACCUGAGAAUCUUAAGAUUAUGUUCCGUACAGUAGCUAUGAUGGUUCCAGAUCGUGCUAUCAUCAUUCGAGUUAAAUUGGCGAGUUGUGGCUUUAAGGAAAACCUCAUAUUGUCGCGUAAAUUUUUCACAUUGUACAAAUUGUGCGAAGAACAACUAUCCAAACAAGUUCAUUACGAUUUUGGUUUACGAAAUAUCUUAUCAGUGCUGCGUACUCUUGGCGCCCAAAAACGUUCGAAUCCCUCAGACACUGAAGAAACUAUUGUAAUGAGAGUUUUACGAGAUAUGAAUGUCUCAAAAUUAAUUGAUGAAGAUGAAGGUUUAUUCCUAUCCCUAAUUGAGGACAUGUUCCCGGGUAUAAAACUAACCACAGCUGUGUAUAAGGAUUUGCAGAAAGCUAUAUCUAACGCGGUCGAGGAGUACGGCUACAUGAAUAAUCCUGAAUGGAAUUUAAAGGUUGUGCAAUUGUACGAGACAUCGCUGGUCCGGCACGGGUUGAUGUUAAUGGGUCCUACUGGUUCUGGUAAAACGAGUUGCACUUUGACGAUGUUGAAAUGUUUUACUGAAAUGGGGAGACCUCACAAGGAGAUGAGAAUGAAUCCAAAGGCUAUUACGGCUCCUCAAAUGUUUGGCCGUUUGGAUGUAGCAACGAAUGAUUGGACCGAUGGUAUAUUUUCCACCUUAUGGCGUCGUUCGCUAAAAGUUCCUAAAAAUCAUAAUACUUGGAUUGUGUUAGACGGUCCGGUGGAUGCUGUAUGGAUUGAGAACUUAAACUCAGUCUUAGAUGAUAAUAAAACUCUGACCUUGGCUAAUGGUGAUCGUAUUAAAAUGGCAGAUAACUCAAAAUUGGUAUUUGAACCGGAUAACGUAGACAAUGCUUCCCCGGCUACGGUUUCCCGAGUAGGCAUGGUUUUCAUGAGCUCUUCAGUUUUAAAAUGGGUCGUUUAUAAAGAUGCUUGGGUGAAAAAACGGUCGGCUACUGAGCAGGAUGUUUUCCAAAAAUGCUAUGAAGCCAUUUAUGAUGAUGCGCAUGUUUAUUUACAAACAAAAUUAAUAGCUAAAAUGAAAAUUUUGGAAGCUAUAUAUAUAAAGCAAAUGUUAGAAAUUUUAGAUGGAUUAUUAGCAGAUACCAGUAAUCGAUCUGAUCGCUACUUGGAGCGUACUUUCUUGUUCGCUCUGAUGUGGACUUUAGGUGCUGUAUUGGAAAUUGGGGAACGUGAUAAGUUAGAAGAGUUCUUUCUAAAACAUCCCUCAAAGCUUAAAUGGCCGAAAAAGCAGCCCGGCGAAACGGUUUUCGAGUACUAUGUAGACGACAAUGGCAUUUGGCAGCAUUGGAACAACCGAGUCGAACGUUUCAUUUAUCCGGAGGACAGCAUACCGGAAUUCUCGGCAAUUUUAGUUCCAAAUGUGGACAAUGUACGCACAGCAUUUUUAAUGCACAAUAUAUCCAAGCAACGGAAACAGGUAUUGCUCAUUGGAGAACAAGGCACUGCUAAAACAGUAAUGAUUAAAGGAUAUAUGUUAACCUACGAUCCCGAAGUGCAUUUAUACAAAUCAUUCAACUUCUCAUCUGCUACCACUCCUAACAUGUUUCAGCGAAUUAUUGAGUCGUAUGUUGAAAAAAGGGUUGGCACCACCUAUGGUCCUCCCGGUCAACGUUCAAUGACUGUGUUUGUCGAUGAUAUUAAUAUGCCCAUAAUCAAUGCUUGGGGCGAUCAAGUCACUAAUGAAAUUGUUCGCCAAAUGAUUGAACAGCACGGUUUUUAUUCUUUGGAAAAGCCUGGCGAUUUUUCGACAAUUAUGGAUAUUCAAAUUUUAUCUGCCAUGAUACAUCCCGGUGGGGGUCGGAAUGAUAUACCAAAUAGAUUAAAGCGUCAUAUGGCCAUAUUUAAUUGUACUUUGCCCAGUAAUAAUUCUAUGGAUCAGAUAUUCAGCCAAAUUGGUUGCGGUUAUUUUUGUUUAGCUCGAUUUGAAGAGGAGGUGGUAAACGUUGUUCCGUCAUUAGUACCUUUAACGCGCGUAUUCUGGCAACAUGUUAAAGGCAAGAUGUUACCAACGCCUUCCAAUUUCCACUACGUGUUUAACCUUCGUGAUUUGUCACGUAUUUGGGAAGGUAUCUUAAAGGUUGCCGGAGACGAAUGUAAAACCGUUUCAGACAUAUUAAAACUUUGGCGCCAUGAAUGUACGCGCGUAAUAGCAGACCGCUUCACCGAUUUUAAAGACACAAUAUGGUUUUUGGAGCGAAUGAAGAAAGAUGCUGCAGCGCUUCUUGGCGAAUAUUUUGAAGAAUUCCCCGAAGAAGAAACUUUCUUUGUAGACUUUCUAAGGGACCCUCCGGAUGUAGGGGAAGAUGACGAAGAUGUUUCUCUUGAGCCGCCAAAAAUUUAUGAGGAAAUACCUAGUUUGGAAAAAGUGAAGGAGCGAGUUACAUGGUAUAUGGGGCAAUUCAACGAGUACGUGCGAGGUUUCCAUAUGGAUUUGGUAUUCUUCCGUGACGCGUUAGUACACCUGAUGAUUGUUUCUCGAAUAGUAAGCAUGCCACGAGGUAACGCUUUGUUGGUUGGCGUUGGCGGAUCAGGCAAACAAAGCUUGACACGCUUGUCAUCCUUUGUUGCGGGUUACAAGUUCUUUCAAAUUACUCUAACCAGGGCAUAUAACGUGAACAAUUUGACGGAUGACUUGAAAUAUUUAUAUCGCACCGCUGGCUUGGAAGGAAGGGGUAUUACUUUCAUUUUUACGGAUAACGAAAUUAAGGACGAAGCCUUUUUAGAAUUUAUUAAUAACAUAUUAAGUUCCGGUGAAAUAGCCAACUUGUUCGCCAAAGAUGAAAUGGAUGAAAUUUACAAUGAAAUCAUACCUAUUAUGAAAAAAAUUCAACCCCGCAGGCCUCCAACACAAGAUAAUCUAUACGAUUUUUUCCUAUCACGAGCUCGUUCCAAUCUUCACGUUGCAUUAUGUUUCUCUCCUAUUGGUGAAAAAUUCCGUGCCCGAGCUUUGAAAUUUCCUGGUUUAAUAUCUGGGUGCGUCAUUGACUGGUUUCAAAAGUGGCCGGAAGAUGCCCGAGUUGCUGUGUCGCGACAUUAUCUAAAAGAUUUUGAAAUAAUUUGCGACCCGGCGGUGAAAGAACAAGUUAUUGACAUAAUGAGUUGGAUUCAUGAAGUCGUGUCGGAGGCAUGCCUUUCCUACUUUGAAAGAUUUCGACGUACCACUUUCGUUACUCCAAAGUCGUUGAUAUCUUUCUUGGAGAGCUAUAAAAAACUAUAUAAGGAAAAACAAAACAACAUCGUCGUGAUGGCUGAACGAAUGUCCUCGGGCUUGUAUAAGCUGGAUGAAGCUGGAGCUUCCGUGUCCGUUCUUAAAAAAGAAUUAGUAGAAAUGAACAAAGUAAUUACUGUAGCAACUGAAGAAGCUGAAGUGGUAUUGCAAACUGUGGCAGAGUCUACGGCGGCCGCCGAGAUUAUAAAGACACAAGUGGCGGAAAAAAAAAGCCAAGCUGCAGAGUUGGUGAAAUCAAUUUCGGCUGAUAAGGAAGUGGCCGAAGCAAAACUAGAAAAAGCUAGACCAGCUUUGGAGGAAGCCGAAGCAGCUUUAAAAACUAUUAAAGGUUCCGAUAUUGCCACGGUGCGAAAAUUGGGAAAACCGCCCUACCUAAUCACCUUGAUUAUGGAUUGCGUUUGUAUAUUAUUUCGAAAGCGCGUAAAGCCCGUAAGACCCGACAUGGAAAAGGCUUUUUUGCAAAGCUCUUGGGAAGAGUCCCUAAAAGUAAUGUCCGACACAUCCUUUUUAAAAAAGAUUGUGGAAUAUCCUACCGAUCUUAUUAAUGCUGAAAUGGUGGAUCUUAUGCUGCCUUAUUUUAAUUACAGUCUUUAUACAUUCGAAGCUGCCAAGGUCGCUUGCGGCAAUGUGGCUGGUCUGCUUUCGUGGACGAUUGCUAUGGCUAAAUAUUAUGAAGUUAACAAAGAGGUUUUACCUCUCAAAGCGAAUUUAGCAGUUCAAGCAGCCAAGUAUGCUAAAGCAGCCAGUGACUUGCAAGAAGCGGAAGAUUUGUUUGCUGCUAAAGAGCGCGAAUUAGCUAAAGUGCAGCAACAGUUUGAUGAGGCCAUAGGCAAGAAAAAUGCUGUAUUGGAGGAAGCCCAAAAAUGUCAAGAUAAGAUGGAUGCUGCAACAGCUUUAAUAAGUGGAUUAGCAGGCGAAAAAAUAAGAUGGACUGAACAAAUUGCACAAUUUAAAAGCGAAACUGAACGCUUAGUAGGUGAUGUUAUUCUUUUGACAGCUUUCUUAUCCUAUACCGGGCCCUUCAAUCAAGAAUAUCGCAGUGACUUGCAAGGGCAGUGGUUAAAACAAAUUGUUGAGCGUCACAUACCUAUUUCAUCGAAUAUUAGUAUCAUAGAAAGUCUUACAGAUCGAACGCAAAUAGGCGAAUGGAAUUUGCAAGGAUUGCCGUCGGAUGAAUUAUCCAUACAAAAUGGUAUAAUUGCAACUAAAGCGGUAAGAUUUCCUUUGCUUAUCGAUCCCCAAUCGCAGGGUAAAGCGUGGAUUAAAAAUAAAGAAAAAGAAAACAACCUAAUUGUCACCAACUUAGCGCAUAAAUAUUUUCGCACCCACAUUGAAGAUGCUGUUAGCAUGGGCUUACCCGUCAUCAUUGAAGACGUAGGCGAAGAAUUAGAUCCCUGCUUGGAUAACGUGUUGGAUCGCAAUCUUCUUAAAGUAGGCACUACGUAUAAAAUAAAGUUAGGUGAUAAAGAAAUUGAUUAUAAUGCCGACUUUCGUUGUUAUAUCACUACUAAAUUACCGAAUCCAGCGUACACACCCGAAGUAUCAGCUCGAACAUCUAUAAUUGACUUCACUGUUACGAUGAAAGGUUUAGAAGAUCAGUUGCUGGGUAGAGUAAUUUUAACUGAACGUAAGGAAUUAGAAGAAGAGCGCACAAAUUUGGUUGAAACUGUAACUGGAAAUAUGAAAAAAAUGAAGGAACUUGAAGCAAAUCUGCUGCAUAAAUUAUCUACCACUCAAGGCAGCUUGCUGGACGAUGUGACAGUAAUAGAAGUGCUAAAUACGAGUAAAAAUACUGCUAUAGAAGUCAAAGAGAAGUUGGAUAUUGCAAAAGUAACUGAAGCCAAAAUUAAUGCGGCACGAGAGGAAUAUCGACCUGUGGCUACCAGAGGCAGUGUGCUUUAUUUUUUGGUUUGCACAAUGGCUAAAGUAAACGUGAUGUACCAAACGUCUUUGGUUCAGUUUUUAGAUCGCUUUGACGCCAGUAUGCACAAUUCGGCUAAGACACAUAUCACGCGAAAAAGAAUUAAAAGAAUAAUAACAUACCUAACGUUUGAAAUCUAUCGUUACAAGUCGCGUGGUCUUUAUGAAAAGGAUAAAUUUCUUUUCGUUUUGUUAAUGGCUUUAAAUAUAGAUCGCCAAUUAGACCUCGUCGGCUACGAAGAGUUCCAAAAUUUCAUCAAAGGCGGUGCUGCUUUAAAUUUAAACGAUUGCCCGCCCGUUCCGUUUCGUUGGAUUACCGAUGAAACUUGGCUAAACUUGGUACAACUCUCACAUUUAGGACCGUUUGCAAAUAUUUUGAAUAAGGUCUCGAAUAAUGAACGUGCUUGGCUAGCGUGGUAUAAAAAGGAUUGUCCAGAAAAUGAAGUAAUUCCUGACGGUUUCAACUCGCUGGAUCCUUUUCGUCGUUUACUUUUAAUAAGGUCCUGGUGUACAGAUCGGACUUUAUCUCAGUGUCGUAAAUAUAUAGCAAAUUCAUUAGGUGAUCGUUUUGCCGAACCAGUAAUUUUACAGUACGAUGGACUUUUGGAAGAGAGCAAACCUCUCAUGCCAAUAAUAUGCUUUUUAUCGAUGGGCUCAGAUCCAUCGUCAAACAUCGAAGCUUUGGCUAAAAAGAAUGAACUUAAAUGCUUUCCUAUUUCAAUGGGCCAAGGUCAAGAAAUACACGCUCGUAAAUUAGUUUCGAAUUGCUUGGAAGAUGGAGGUUGGGUUUUGCUUCAAAACUGUCAUUUGGGCUUGGACUAUAUGAAUGAACUUACGUUACUCUUAUUGGACUUGGAACGUGGCGAGGAAUCUGCUUUUAGCAAGAACUUUCGUGUUUGGAUUACAACGGAACCUCAUGAUUCUUUCUCGAUCACAUUGCUGCAAAUGUCUUUAAAAUUUACUAAUGAACCUCCAGCAGGCAUCCGCGCUGGUCUGAAGAGAACUUAUUCCAAUUUGUCUCAGGAUUUUCUAGAUUAUUCUCAGUCGCCCUUUUACCAUCCUUUGGUGUUCGCAAUAUCCUUUUUGCACUCUGUCGUGCAAGAGCGUCGAAAAUUUGGUCCUCUUGGUUGGAAUAUACCAUACGAAUUCAAUUCUGCUGAUUGGUAUGCCAGUUGCUUAUUUGUACAAAAUCAUCUGGAUGAUUUAGAAACCGGGAAGGGUAUCAGCUGGACCACGGUAAGGUACAUGCUGGGAGAGGUACAGUAUGGGGGUCGCGUUACUGAUGAUUAUGACAAACGCCUACUAAACACUUUUGGUCGCGCUUGGUUUCAUGAUCAUCUUUUCGAUGAAGCCUUCGAAUUCUAUAAAGGCUAUAAGAUAUUUAGUUUUAAAGAACAAGAAGCUUACUUGGCAGCUAUCGAGGAGUUGCCUAACAUAGAUCCACCGCAAGUAUAUGGUUUUCAUUCGAAUGCUGAAAUUACUUAUCAGACUAACACGACUAGAAGCAUUUUGGACACUAUAGUCGCUAUACAGCCAAAAGAGUCUUCUAGUGGUGGCGGCGAGACUCGUGAAGAUAAAGUAGCUCGUAUGGUUAAAGAAAUGCAAUCAAAGGCUCCAAUGCCAUAUGAUCUCUUUGAAGUGAAAGAGCGUCUGAAAUUAAUGGGAGCUCUCAGCUCGAUGAAUAUAUUUCUCAGACAAGAAAUCGAUCGUAUGCAGAGGAUCAUUAUUUUGGUAAGAGCGACUCUGAAGGACCUUUUAUUGGCAAUAGAAGGCACUAUCAUCAUGAGCGAGCAAUUGCGAGAUGCCCUCGAUAAUAUAUUUAAUGCACGUGUGCCUGCCGUUUGGCAGCGAGGAAGCUGGGCGUCCUCGACCCUUGGAUUUUGGUUUACUGAAUUAUUAGAGAGGAAUCAACAAUUUCACACAUGGUGUUUUAAUGCAAGGCCCGUCGUUUUCUGGAUGUCCGGGUUUUUCAAUCCCCAAGGUUUUCUGACGGCUAUGAAACAGGAAGUAGCUCGCGCUCAUCAAGGAUGGGCUUUGGAUCAAGUUUCCAUGACUAAUGAAGUUUUGAAAAUAAGCUUAGAUGAAGCGAAGAAACCACCCAAAGAAGGCAUUUAUGUACACGGUUUGUUUUUGGAUGGCGCUGGAUGGGAUCGUAAAACUUCACGCCUGGUUGAAUCUGCCAAUAAAGUUCUCUAUGUUCUGAUGCCUGUGGUGCAUAUAUCAGCCAUUAAUUCUGUUGCACCAAAAAGCCCUAAGUUGUACCAGUGCCCGGUCUACAAGAAAAUAAAUCGCACGGAUUUAAACUAUAUAUCACCUUUGUGGUUGAAUACUGUGAGAAACUCAGAUCACUGGAUCAUUAGAGGAGUGGCCCUUUUGUGUGAUAUUAAAUAA